CAGCGCAUAACUCCGGGCAGCCGCUGUCUGGGGCGCAGUCUGGGGCAGCAGCCGCCCAGCCGCUCGGAGCUGAACCGGCAGCAUGAAGGCCCUCCUGGCCCUGCCGCUGCUGCUGCUCAUAUCCGCUGACCGCUGCGCCCCCCAGGCCUUGGGGAUCCGGGGAGACGCCCUGGACAAGUUCUGCCCGCAGCAGCCCCUGGACUGCGACGACAUCUACGCCCAGGGCUACCAGAUAGACGGCGUGUACCUCAUCUACCCCUCCGGCCCCAGCCUGCCCGUGCCCGUCUUCUGCGACAUGACCACCGAGGGGGGCAAGUGGACGGUCUUCCAGAAGAGGUUCAACGGCUCCGUGAGUUUCUUCCGGGGCUGGAAUGACUACAAGCUGGGCUUCGGCCGCGCCGACGGGGAGUACUGGCUGGGUCUGCAGAACCUGCACCUGCUGACCCUGAAGCACAAGUACGAGCUCAGGGUGGACCUGGAGGACUUCGAGAACAACACGGCCUUCGCCAAGUACCACGACUUCUCCAUCUCCCCCAAUGCCGUCAGCGCCGAGGAGGACGGCUACACCCUCUAUGUGGCCGACUUCGAGGACGGCGGGGCAGGCGACUCCCUGACCUACCACAGCGGCCAGAAGUUCUCCACCUUCGACCGGGACCAGGACCUCUUCGUGCAGAACUGCGCGGCCCUCUCCUCGGGCGCCUUCUGGUUCCGCAGCUGCCACUUCGCCAACCUCAACGGCUUCUACCUGGGCGGCUCCCACCUCUCCUACGCCAACGGCAUCAACUGGGCCCAGUGGAAGGGCUUCUACUACUCGCUCAAGCGCACGGAGAUGAAGAUCCGCCGGGCCUGAGGGCGGCCUCACCGCCGCACCUGCUGCCAGCCCGCCCGCCCUCAGCCUCCCACCUGGUGCUGCUGCUGCUGCUGCUCUCCCAGCACCGGCCUCGCCCAGGGGCCCUUGUGGCUCCAGCCCAACCGUUCCCGUCACACCCACGGCGUCCUGCUCUCGGCCUGGCCUCUGCACACACACCCCCCGCCCCAAUCGGAGGCGACACUGUCGGCAGCGCCCCAGGCCUCCUCCAAGCGGCACAGCCAGCGGCCUGGACCUGGACCCUGUCCCAGAGCCUGAGGGCCGGGCGCUGCUCUCCCAGGCUGCGGGCCUGCGGCCCACCUCGGAGCGUGGCCUGCUCGUCUGGCCGGUGCAGUCAGGCCCUCCCUGAGCACACGCCAGGCCGCCGCCACACCCCAGCAGUCCCGCCGGCUGGCAGAGUAUCUCCCGUCCUCACCUUCCUCCCGCCAGCUCGCUCCCCAGCAGUGAGCCCAGGGACCCCCGCUGCCCCCGCCUGCCCGCCCCGGGCAGCAAGCACAGCCCCAAAGCUGUGUUCCGCUACAGCUACCGCAGGCCAGCCCGCAGCAGCCCCAGCCAAGGUAGGCACGGAGCGAGGUCCCCCUGCCUGCCCUGGGGGGCGGUUGUGAGCAUGUGAGGGCAGAGGGCCGCCUCUGUGGGGCAGGGCAGGUGGCGAGUGGCGGUCUCAAUAAACCUCAGGACCCGAGGGACCUGGCCUUGGCUGUAGUGCAGGCAGCGCGUCUGGUGCCCCGUUGACAGCACCCUGCCCCCAGCUCCAAAAUCACGCCCUGCAGACGACGCUAAAGGAACCUUGUAUUUCACAGGCUUCACUCUGAUGGCAAAAACUGUGUAAUAAUAAUAAUAAUAAUAAUAAUAAAAAUACAAUACUGAGAA